UCUCUCACUCUCUCAUGUACACUCUUUCACUAUAACACUCACUAACUUUUACACUCACUCACUCAUACUCUCCCACUCACUCUGACACAUUCACAAACUUUUUCACUCAAGUCUAACUCACCAGUCACGCAACGAAUCGUUGGGGGGUCACGUGGCCACUCGUUGAGUGGGAGGGGUCUGAGCGUCUGACGCAACGGAAACAGAGGGGCGUGGCCAUAGCCGUGGAGGAGAGUGACGUCACUGCACACGUGACUUCCGUGUAGUGAGACGUGCAGAGAAGGUAGCAGCAGUAGCAGCACAAAGAGCUGAGCUCCUGUUACUAUUCUUUACGGGGAUUGGAAACGAGGAGGAGGCACGAUGGCCAAGGCUGAAGAGAAGGUGGGCUCCAGGAGCGACGUGCAAUGGAGUGCGCUGCCCACAUCGGACGGCGUUUCCAUCGCCAGUAGUAAAACCCCACGAGAAAUCUUGAAGCUCUUUGGGGAUUUCCUGACCCCCACCGAGAGAAGCGAGGUCCUCACCGUGAAUAACGUCUGGUAUUUCGGCGUCCAUAACAAAGGCUUUGGCACCCAGAACCAUGGCUACGAUAAUGUCUACAACCAUUAUGUCUCGGUCGAGCAUGAGCACCUCAAUUUCCGGUAUGAGGUGCUGAAGAAGGUGGUCGGACCUUACAGCCAGAUCUUCAAAUGCCGUGACCACAAGACCAACACCCGAGUGGCUGUGAAGAUGUGGAGACAGUCAUUCAGUGCCGAGGAAGACCACAGCCAGUGGAUGGAGUACCACAUCUUGCGCCAACUUCAGGGCUGGGCUAAUGAUGAUGUCAACGUUGUCAGAAUCCUCGACUUUUUCACCUUCAGGGGUCACAACUGCCUCGUCAUGCAGCUCAUACCGAAAAGACGUCUGUUAAGUGCCAUUGAUUGCACGGCACCCCAGCACAUGGAGAUGACAAUGGUGAAACUCUUCACCAAGUCCAUUCUCAAAUUCCUCAUUCAACUCCAUGCAAAGGGAAUCGUGCAUGGGGACAUCAAGCCGAGGAACAUGUCGAUUAAAGAGCCUGGGGCAGGGACCAUCCGGAUGAUGAGUUUUGAAAACAGCUUUUUGGUGGGACGCCAACGUGAGUCGUGAGUGUGUGGCUGAGUGUGAGAAUGUGUGUUUAUGCAGUUUGAGGAGCAGUA